AUGAUUCGAAAACAAGCGCGCCAAAGGCGCGACUAUCUGUAUCGCCGAGCGUUGAUGCUGAAGGACGCGGAGACCAACGAGAAGAAGGCCGCUCUGAAGUCUGCUCUUGCUUCAGGCAAGCCGUUGGACCCAGCCAUUGCGAAGGACAAGAGCCUGAGAAAAGACUACCAGUAUGAUGAGUCGCGUCCCGAUCUCACGGUCAACGAAGAGUUGGACCUCGACGAUGAGUACUCUCAACUGAGCGGUAUUCAAGAUCCUCGAAUCCUGGUUACCACCAGUAGAGAUCCCUCGAGCCGUCUGGCCGCCUUCAGCAAGGAGAUUAGACUUUUACUCCCCACGUCCGUCCGUCUCAACCGUGGAAACCUCAUUCUCAACGACCUUGUGCAGUCCUGUAAAUCAAACGCCCUGACCGACGUUGUUUUGCUUCACGAACACCGAGGCGUACCAACUGCCAUCACUAUUUCUCACCUCCCUCACGGCCCGACGCUCUCUUGUUCAUUGCAUUCUGUGGUUCUCAGACAUGACAUUCCGGGAUCUAUCCGAGGAUCUGUCUCUGAAGCUUACCCGCAUUUGAUAUUUGAAGGUUUUAAGAGCCGCCUCGGACAGCGUAUCGUCAAGAUCCUCAAGCAUCUUUUCCCUCCACGGGAACCGAUUACGAAUAAAACCAAGAUAGGUAACAGAGUCGUGACCUUCGUCAACAAUGAAGACACCAUAGAAGUGCGACACCAUGUUUUUGUCCGUACUUCCUACGACUCAGUUGAGCUUGCCGAGGUUGGACCGCGCAUGACCAUGCGGCCAUUUGAGAUCCGCGCCGGCACUCUCGAAAACAAGGAGGGAGACGUGGAAUGGCACCUCUCGCAGUACACUCGCACCGGAAGGAAGAAGGAGUACUUGUGA